GGAAGUGAAGCAGUCUUGUUGUAUCAGGUCUAACUUGACAGUUAUGUGAAGAUGGCGGCACAUAGUCGCUCACCGCCGCUGGCUCUGCUAUUCUGCUUUCUGUGUCUCUGGAGCUCUCUAAGCGUCAUUGGCCAGAAGUUGGCGAACGACCCGGCCUUGCCGCCCGAUGUCAGAGCCGUCGACCCCCUAAGCAAGGAUGCACCUGUCGCCGCCGGGGCCUCUCAGCCGCGAAGGGCGAGCGGCUGGAAGCUGGCGGAGGAGGAGGCCUGUCGGGAGGACCUGACCCGCCUCUGCCCGAAGCAGACCUGGACCAACAACCUGGCCGUUCUGGAGUGCCUGCAGGACCGCAGAGAGGAAAUUGAGCUCGCACCCGACUGCAACCAUCUUCUAUGGAAUUACAAGCUGAACCUGACAACUGAUCCAAAGUUUGAGUCUGUGGCCACAGAGGUCUGCAGGAGCACCAUCCCUGAGAUAAAGGAGUGUAACGAGGAGGAGCGAGGGCGGGGUUAUCUGGUGUCCUGCCUUGUGGAUCACAGAGGCAACAUCAGCGAGUACCAGUGCAACCAGUACAUCACCAAGAUUACCAGCAUCAUCUUCAGCGACUACAGACUGAUCUGUGGCUUCAUGGAUAAAUGCAGAGAAGAUAUAAAUAACCUGCGCUGCGGCAGCAUCAACAUAGGACAAAAGGAUGCUCACUCCCAAGGUGAGGUGAUUGCCUGUCUCGAGAAGGCCCUGGUGAGGCAGGCGGAGCAGCAGGACCGUGUUCAUCCAAUCAGAGAAGAGUGUCAGAAAGCAAUCCUUCGGGUGGCGGAGCUGUCGUCUGAUGACUUUCACCUUGACAGGCACCUUUACUUCGCCUGCCGAGAUGACCGGGAGAGAUUCUGCCAGAGCGUUCAGGCAGGAGAAGGAAAGGUCUAUAAGUGUCUGUUCAACCAUAAGUUUGAGGAAGCCAUGUCUGAAAAGUGCAGAGACGCCCUGACGACCCGACAGAAGCUGAUCUCUCAAGAUUACAGAGUCAGUUACUCUUUGGCCAAAGCCUGCAAGCUAGACCUGAGGAAGCAGCGCUGCAGUCUGGACACCAGCCUGCCACGAGCCCGUGAAGCCCGACUGUCAUACCUGCUGCUGUGCUUGGAGGCUGCUGUGCACCGAGGUCGUCCAGUUAGCGGAGAGUGUCAGGGGGAAAUGUUGGACUUCCGGCGGAUGCUAAUGGAGGAUUUUUCCUUAAGUCCAGAGAUCGUUCUUCACUGCCGGUCGGAGAUCGAGGCCCAGUGCUCCGGUUUGCACCGUAAGGGCCGCACGCUGCACUGCCUGAUGCGACUGGGCCGAGGCGACCGCAACGGCGCCGUCGACAGCAUCUGCCAGAGCGCACUUCAAACUCUGAUCCAGUCUGCCGACCCUGGAGCCGAUUAUCGGAUCGACCGAGCGCUCAACGAGGCCUGUGAAUCCGUCAUCCAGACCGCCUGUAAACACAUCCGCAGCGGAGACCCAAUGAUCCUCUCCUGCCUGAUGGAGCACCUGUACACAGAGAAGAUGGUGGAGGACUGCGAGCAUCGCCUGCUGGAGCUGCAGUAUUUUAUCUCCAGGGACUGGAAACUGGACCCGACCCUGUACAGGAAGUGUCAGGGCGACGCUGCUCGACUCUGCCACACUCACGGCUGGAACGAGACCAGCGAGCUGAUGCCGCCGGGAGCCGUUUUCUCCUGCUUGUACCGCCACGCUUACCGCACAGAGGAGCAGGGACGGCGGGUAAACCCAGAUGAGCAGUUGUCUCGAGACUGUAAAGUCGAAGUUCAGAGGAUUCUCCACCAGAGGGCGCUAGAUGUGAAGUUGGACCCAGAGCUGCAGAAACGCUGCAUGACUGACCUGGGCAAGUGGUGCAGCGAGAAGACGGAUACAGGACAGGAGUUGGAGUGUCUGCAGGACCAUUUGGAGGACCUUGUGUCCAGCUGCAGGGAGGUUGUCGGCAACCUGACAGAGCUGGAGUCAGAGGACAUCCAGAUUGACGCCCUGCUGAUCAGAGCCUGUGAGCCCAUCAUUCAGGCCCACUGCCAUGACGUAGCUGACAACCAGGUCGAUACCGGUGAUCUGAUGGAGUGUUUGGUUCAGAAUAAACACCAGAAGGAGAUGAACGAUAAGUGUGCAGUUGGUGUCACACAUUUCCAGCUGAUCCAAAUGAAGGAUUUCCGGUUCUCAUACAAGUUUAAGAUGGCCUGCAAGGAGGACGUUCUGCGUUUGUGUCCGAACAUCAAAAAAAAAGUGGACGUCGUUAUUUGUCUCAGCACCACAGUGAGGAACGACACGCUGCAGGAAGUCAGAGAGCAGCGGGUGUCUCUGAAAUGUCGCAAACAGCUGCGGGUGGAGGAGUUAGAGAUGUCCGAAGACAUUCGGCUGGAACCAGAGUUGUACGAGCCCUGCAAGUCCGACAUUAGCCGCCUGUGUCCCAACGUGGCAUUCGGAAACGCUCAGAUGAUUGAGUGCCUGAAGGAGCAGAAGAAGCAGCUGAGUCAACGCUGCCACCAGAGGAUCUUCAAGCUGCAGGAGGUGGAGAUGAGCGACCCAGAGCUCGACUAUCAGCUGAUGAGAGUCUGCAAACAGAUGAUUAAGCGUUUCUGCACUGAAGCAGACGCCAGGAAUGUCCUUCAGUGCCUGAAGCAGAACAAGAACAGCGAGCUGAUGGACCCCAAGUGUAAACAGAUGAUUACUAAGAGGCAGAUUACCCAGAACACAGACUACAGACUGAACCCAGUGCUAAGGAAAGCUUGCCGAGCCGACAUCCCAAAGUUCUGCCAGUCCAUCCUGAACAAAGCCAGCGAGGACAGCGAGCUGGAGGGUCAGAUAAUCGCCUGCCUCAAACUCAAAUACGCCGAUCAGAGGUUGUCUCCAGAUUGUGAAGACCAGAUCAGAGUGAUUCUCCAGGAGUCGGCACUCGACUACAGAUUGGACCCACAGCUGCAGAUGCACUGCUCAGAUGAGAUUUCCAGAUUGUGCGCGGAGGAGGCCGCUGCUCAGGAGCAAACGGGUCAGGUGGAGGAGUGUCUGAAAGGCAACCUCCUGAAAAUCAAACUGGAAGCCUGUAAAAAGGAAGUGCUGAAUAUGCUGAAGGAGAGUAAAGCGGACAUAUUUGUGGACCCAGUGCUCCACACGGCCUGCGCUCUGGACCUCAAACACCACUGUGCUGCUAUCACACCUGGCAGGGGGCGACAGAUGUCAUGUCUGAUGGAGGCGCUGCAGGAUAAGAGGAUCCGUCUGCAGCCGGAGUGCAAGAAAAGACUUCAAGAUCGCAUAGACAUGUGGGGCUACGCAGCAAAGGUGGCGCCAGCCGAGGGCUUCUCAGACCUUGCCGUACAAGUGAUGAUAUCGCCCUCCAAGAACUACAUCCUGGUUAUGAUCGCACUGAGCGUGUGCGUCCUGUUCCUGGUGGGGCUGCUCUGCGGUCGGAUCACGAAGCGAGUGACGAGGGACAUGAAGGACCGGUAGAAGUUCGAGCUUCAGAAAGAACAGACUGCUCGCCCCCUCCUCUUCUUCCUCCUCUGUCUCCCUCAGCUGCCUGGUCUGAAGUUAACAGUGCCAACACCACAUCCGAACCCCCUCCUCUGUAGAAAACCAAAUGCUUAAGCCUCCGUUUGGACUUCUUUGAACUCUGAGUCCGGAUCGUUCGAGACAAUGCCGUUCAGUAUAUUUAAACUUCUAGAUGAACGCUGUUGCUGUGACCAAGGACUGCUGCUUCUGGACUGUUUUCUGAUAAUUCAGUCCUGAUGAUUUAUUUUGGUAUAUUUCUUGCAAACCUUUCUUUGACAGCUGCUGCAUUAUUUGCAAACGAAAAAGUUUUGAGGCAAAUUAGCUGUUAAACUCUGAGGUGAUCCUAUUUGUUUUGAAGGACAUCUCAUAAGUCAUGAAGCUCCAUAGAUAUGACCUAUUUGUAUCAGUGACUCCGAGCCGGCCUUCAUGAACAACAAGACUCUGUUUGAUUUAAUAUAAACACUAAUUUCAUUGCACUUUUUUACUUUAAUGUCUAAUUUAUUGUUGAUGAACUGAUUUGCAGAUGAUGCACUUUGUUUUGAGCGUGUGGGAAUGUUUCUUCUGCUGAUCCGGAAGAACAAAAACUCUGAAAGGAGAAAUUUCCUAAUAGGAGUGGAAUAUCAGAAGUGAACCAAAAACUAGAUUGAAGUUUUUAGAUUUUCACCAUAAAACUAAAUAUUUUAACCCCUCAAUGAGCUCCUAAUUGAUCCUUUUAAGUGAUAGAAACAGCCUGGAUCUGAUCAAGGCAAUGAAAAUGUAAAAACAUGACCUAAGUAAAUGUUUAAUUUGCUUGAAUCUAAAUACUUGUAGCUAAUAUUGGCUUUUUUUUUUGCAUUAAUUUCUCUGAGGGAUUAAGUGAAUGUGUAGCACGUGGGCUGGUCUUUAUUCCCAGAGGAAUUUCCCUGAAAUAGGAAAGCUGGUUGAAUAUCAUCCAGGUGGACGCGAAUUCUCCGUCGUUUGAUAAAGAGUUUUGUCUUUUAUUCUCUGCUUGUACAGUUAAACGGUGUGCAGCUUUUUUUAAAUAUGCCAUGUAAUAUGGAGAACAGAUUUAUUAUUGUGAUGUCUGAUUUUGCUGUACAGAUUCAAGUUGUCAGUUUAAUAAAAGAUGUCUGCAGUUUUCAGA